CUGCCAACAAAAGAGAAGACGUCAAACUGGCCAAAUCAAAAUUCCACAAGAAAACUUUUGGUAAUUUGGAUUCAGCACGCUUUCCCAGGUGAAUUUCCAUGGACUUUUUCAUCCAGCUGCCUGAAAAUAAAUGUUAAAACCAGUUAAGUUAUAGCCUAACCAGUAAAAAGUGACUCGAAAAAGUUCAUCAGCAUUGCAGUCACGCCAUUUUAUUGAAAUCGCACCUUUUUCGAGUAGAAAACAGCCGCAAAAUGUCCGGAGAAGAGACCUCAGCAGAUCGCAAUGUCGAAAUGUGGAAAAUCAAGAAGUUGAUUAAAAGUCUGGAGUUAGCAAGGGGGAAUGGAACUAGUAUGAUUUCCCUCAUUAUUCCACCCAAAGAUCAAAUCUCACGUGUUAGCAAGAUGUUGGCAGAUGAAUUUGGAACAGCUUCCAACAUUAAAUCGCGAGUUAAUCGAUUAUCGGUUUUGGGAGCUAUUACUUCCGUACAGCACCGAUUGAAGCUAUACACUAAAGUCCCACCCAACGGACUAGUAAUCUACUGCGGAACGAUAGUAACUGAUGAAGGGAAAGAAAAAAAAGUUAACAUCGACUUUGAGCCAUUCAAGCCCAUAAACACUUCGCUCUAUCUAUGCGAUAACAAAUUCCACACCGAAGCAUUGACUGCUUUAUUAGCAGAUGACAACAAAUUUGGGUUUAUUGUAAUGGAUGGUAAUGGAGCUCUCUUUGGAACAUUACAGGGUAAUACUAGAGAAGUGCUGCAUAAAUUUACUGUAGAUUUGCCAAAAAAGCACGGAAGAGGAGGUCAAUCUGCGUUGCGUUUUGCUCGGUUGAGAAUGGAAAAGCGGCACAAUUACGUGAGAAAAGUAGCCGAAGUUGCGACGCAAUUGUUUAUCACGAACGAUAAACCUAAUAUUGCCGGAUUAAUUCUUGCUGGUAGUGCGGAUUUCAAGACUGAACUUAGUCAAUCUGACAUGUUCGACCCUAGAUUGCAAGCGAAAGUAAUUAAAUUAGUUGAUGUUUCCUAUGGCGGAGAGAACGGUUUUAAUCAGGCUAUUGAAUUAGCCGCUGAAUCCUUGCAGAAUGUUAAAUUCAUACAGGAAAAGAAACUUAUCGGAAGAUAUUUUGAUGAAAUUAGCCAAGAUACAGGCAAAUAUUGCUUUGGAGUCGAAGAUACGUUGCGAGGUUUAGAACUAGGUGCAGUCGAAACUUUGAUCUGUUGGGAGAACUUAGACAUUCAAAGAUACGUGUUGAAAAAUCACGCAACGGGCACCGAAACUGUAUUGCAUUUAACACCUGAACAGGAAAAAGAUAAAAGCCACUUUACCGACAAAGAAAGCGGCGUCGAGCUGGAAUUGGUAGAAUGUCAGCCUUUACUAGAAUGGUUAGCAAAUAACUAUAAGAAUUUUGGAGCUACCUUAGAAAUUAUUACCGACAAAUCUCAAGAAGGGUCACAGUUUGUACGAGGUUUUGGUGGUAUUGGAGGUCUGCUACGAUACAAAGUGGAUUUCCAGAGCCUUCAGCUAGAUGAAUUUGAUGAAGGGGAAUUCGACUUAGAUGAUUACUAAACGGUAAUUGAUCAUCUAGAUUAUUUAAGUAAAUGUAUUUAAAGUAGUAACUUUAACUAAAUAUACUACUUUAAAUAAUCCGGUUGAUUAUAUUAAAAAUGUAGGAGUGGUGCCCUCGUUUUAAAUCACUAUUUCUAUUAUCCAGGUGAGCAUUAAAAUUUAAUUUUUUAUAAAUUGGAUUAACAUGUUAUUGUAUAUUUUACUACGUAUUAAAAUUGUAAUCCGGAUCUGAGAUGGUUAAUUUAUUUAUCGAUUGGUAAUUUGAACUUUAUACAAUUCGCUAGUUAAUUAUUAAUGUACCAGGGGAAAUAAAGUGAAUCGUUACAACAUUUCAUUAUAUGUAUGCAGGGUUUUAGGCUCUAGAGUAAGUCUAGGCAUUAUUAAGUUGCUCAAAGUAUUAAAUAUGAUUGAUUGGUAUCCUGAUAAAGUGCAAUGUUUGCGAUGGUACACACAUGAUUAAUCACAUAGCUUAAUCGUCCUGAACUCAAAAUUUGAACCUUGCAUAUAGACGGGAUCGUGUCGUACUUUCAUCGUAAUAUUGAGGACUGUAAUGAUUUUACGUAUAUGUAUCUAGAUUUAAAUUUGAGAAAAUAGUACAAGUUCUAAAAGUUUCUACUAAUGUUCUCUGAGUCAAGCUCAUAUCUCUUUUUACAUUCAGCAAGCGGAUGCUUUUAUUUAUAAUUUCAUUUAUGAUUGAUUAUUCCCUAAAAUCCGCACUAAAAUAGAUUGUCCACUUUUUCAUACACAAAUAGUGUUUCACUGAAUUUUUUUUCAUACAUGUCUCCGUAACGGCAAAUCCCACAUUCCUGGAUGCUACUCUUAUGAAGUCUGAAGGUAAUUUUAUGUGUAAAAGUUCACGAUCCAUUUAAUAACGUGGAAGUUAAUGAAAACUUUCAAUUUUCCGAAUAUUACCAUUGUUUUAUACUAAUUUACGAAACGAAUUUACGACAGCGAGUCCAAAUAAUGUAAUUGUGUUAACCAGAUUAUGAAAAUAGGGCUUGCGUACAUUAUCUAACAUUUUCAGUUAGUAUAUUAUCGAAUGGUGUAAUUAUAAAGACAAAAAUACAAUUUUUAUAGAACAUAA